AUGCUAUUGAACCUACCACUCGAGAUCGUGGAGAAAAUUCUGGUAUUCGCCGCAGAAUCGGGCUCUCCAACCGCCAUAGCCGCAGUCGCACAGACAUGCAGACUCUUCCGGGCACUGGUAUACAAGUCCACGGACAACCACUUAUGGAGAGAGAUCUUUCUUACUCUGUUUGAUGAUCCCCGUAAAUUGUAUUUCCUGGAUACAGGCAAGUUGCAUUCCGCUGCUGAGCUCAUUGAUACCGAUGUUCGGCUUGCAGCGGCAUUUGACUGGGGUGCCGAGUUUAGGCAGCGUGUAUGGACAGGCGUAUUCUUUGAGCGCCAUACGCAACCCCUGCACGUCCAGAAAGUGUACAAUCUGCGAUCUCGAGCGACUGCUACGUCCUUGGUUGACCUCACUCCGAAGUAUGACCUCGCUCGGAGCCUGCGGGCAUGGCAAUCGCUGCUCUCCCUCGUCAGGACAUCUGCCCCAUCUCGUUCGCUUCACAGUGCUGAAGGUCCGGAUACUAGUAGCGGCGACAUCGACGUCCAGGGCCGCUCUCUCAGCUAUGUAUCCCACAACACUCCUGGAUACCCCACGCGGCUUAUGUCUCCGAGGCCGUCGCGCAACAUCUCCUGGAUGCAGUCUGUGCUCAAGCGCGGGUUUCCCGCCUCCGUUGUUGCAAAGCUUGCGGGUAGUGCUCGUCACAAAGGCUGGGAUCACACCCCAGAGGCGCAGCUGGUAGGCGAAUUUGUCGCGUGCGCGGGCUUCCAGCCUGUGCGGGAGCUUCACGAGGAGCGCACCGGGCGACUCGCCUCUUCUACUGGCACGUCCCACGCCGACGAAGGCAUCUCUGGACUGUCAGGCUUGGACAUGAGCCUGGAAGCGCAGGAGAAGCGAGCGUUUGACAGAGCGAUGGAGAUGGUGUACAAAAUGCUGUAUCUAACUCGGCGUCGGCACUGGGGUCCGUAUCUUCCGGUGUCUCCUGCCGAAGAGGUCGAGUUUCCGACUGUGACGAUCGAUGACGUCUCCGUUGAUUCUGACUAUGAUUCGGAAGAUGAUCCAGAUUAUGAGCCCCCAGACGACCCUGCCGCGCCGUCAUCACCUCGCGAAUACUCUCCCGUCGCAGGGAAAGAGCGCAGGCCAGAGUAUGUCCGACGUAGGAAGCCCAUUUUACCUACACCGGACCAGCUCAUCCCGGACUGGACAUGGCUUGCUGCCGCUCGAGUGAUAGUGGAAGGAGUGCAGCGCAUGAACUUUUUGACCGACUUGGAUGCGUUUAUAACAUGGAAUUCGUGGAGAGAACAAGGUUGGGUUGUGGGCAGCACACAGAAUAAAGCCAGAGAUGAAGAAGACACUGGGAUGGCCAAAGAAAAAGGCAAGGGGAAGGAGAAAGCAGACCUCGACGGUUCAAUCGAUGGCUGGGAUUGGGCUGGCGCUGAGGGCGUCUGGAGUCUCGGAUAUUUCGCUCAUGCAUGGUCUAAACUUGGGCACGACGACAUGGUCCCUGUAGACUGCAACACGAACGGCUUGUUCGACCGGGACAGCGUAGAGACGUAUUUCCUCGUCGUCCCAGUGCGUCUCCGCAUAGUGGGCUAUGAACCCCCUGCUGUGCCCGGGUACCCCGACCGUCCCACUAUCAAGGUGGAGGGCGAUAUCGGUGGUGCGCAUUGGCAGGGUGUUCCCGACAACAUAGAGGAUGACGUGAGGAAGGUACACGGGUCAGUGAGCAUGCUCUCUGAUGGGCACGUUCGCUGGUCUUUGUACUCGACUGAUACGGACGACGCCAGCACGGAUGAGUGGAUCUCGGAAGGCGUGCAACUGGGCGGCGUGCGCUCGGAUGCGGGAUUCUUGGGCAUGUGGACCGGUGCGCGACACGAGAGCGCCGACCCCUUGGCGGGGGUCGAUGCGGACAACGACGACGACAACGACAACGACAACGACAACGACAACGACAACGACAACGACAACGAGCUAGGUGGGCGGGGCAGCGCCCGCGGACGUGGACGGUGGACGAUCGGGAAAGGCGAAGGCAAAGCCGGGCGGACCCCUGCAUGCGACUGCGUCCGAUCCCAGAAUCCGCGGGGACGCCAUCAGUGGCUGCUAGCGCCGACUCCCUCUACGCCGGGCUAUACCAUACAUGCGGGGCCAAUCCUUUAUCCCUCCUCCUUUAUAAUAUCUCCCCCACCCUCGUCCUCGUCCUCCUUCAUUCCUCCCCUCCCCCCAAUGUCUCCCCGCAAAGCCUCUCAUCAGCUCCACAUCCUCAUCGUCGGCUGCGGCCUCGGCGGUCUCGCAGCCGCCCACUGUCUCGCUCAGGCUGGCCACCGCAUCACCCUCUUCGAGUCCGCCCCCGCAAUCGGCGAGGUCGGCGCAGGCAUCCAGGUCUCUCCCAACGUCACCCGUCUCCUCUACCGCUGGGGCCUCGGCGACAAACUCGACCAGAUUGCCGUCAAGCCCCAUGCCCUCGUCUUCCGCAGAUACAGCAAUGGCGAGCGCGUCGCCUACACCCGCUGGGCAGAGAAAAUGGAUGCCUUUGGCGCACCCUACUAUCACAUUCACCGCGCAGACUUCCACAAGCUCCUCUUCGACCUUGCCGCCCCUCAUAUGACUCUCCGUCUCAACUCCACCGUCGUUGCAUGCGAUCCUGAUGCACCUUCACUCACCCUGGCCUCGGGUGAGGUCAUUCACGGCGACCUCGUCAUCGGCGCGGACGGCGUCAAGAGCUACAUUCAGCAGGUCGUCCUCGGCCGCGUCAACCCCGCACAGCCGACGGGCGACGCCGCGUACCGCGCUCUCAUCCCCACUCAGCUGAUGAUGGCCGACCCGGAGUUGAAGGAGCUCGUGGACACGCCAGAAAUGACGGGUUGGAUGGGCCCGGGGCGGCACAUUAUGGGGUACAAUGUCCGCGCGAAACAGGAGAUGAAUCUGGUCAUGCUGCACCCGGACGACGGCUCUGUCGAGUCCUGGUCAGCUGAGGGCAGCGCCGAGAAGAUGCGCGCCGACUUUGCCGACUUUGAGCCCCGAGUACAGAAGAUGCUCGCCAUGGUCAAGUCUACGCUCAAGUGGCGUCUCAUGGACAGACAGCCGCUCGAGCGGUGGAUCCAUCCCUCCGGGCACGUCGCGCUGCUCGGGGACGCCUGUCACCCCAUGCUCCCAUACCGCGCCCAAGGCGCGGCGAUGGCUAUUGAGGACGCUGCCGUGCUCGGAAACCUGCUCUCGCGGUUGUCUUCGCCUGCACAACUGCGACCGCUGCUGCAGGCCUACGAAGACUUGCGUCUCCCACGUGCGUCCGCGACACAGGCGUCGUCCCGGCUGAAUCAGACGAUCUUCCACCUCCCGGACGGGCCCGAGCAGGAGGCACGCGACUUCCAGAUGCGCAAGGCAAUGGAAGUUGAGCUUGCCAUGCUUGAGCGCGAGCGCGCGGGGGACAGUCCUGUGGCGGGCGCGGAUAGCGAAUCGAUGGAGGGGAACCCGAAUCAGUGGGCGGACCGCAAGAAGAACGAGGCGCAGUUUGGGUAUGAUGCAGACCAGGUCGCGGACGCGUGGUGGCGCGAGGUGGGUGAGCGCGCAAUUGGGCAGGUGCCGGGACGACUGUGA